AUGCGCAUCAACGAGGCCAUUGCACUGGUGACACCUCAGGUCGUCCUUGUGCCAUACAGGUGCAUGCUUUUGCUCUUUUGGUUUGUAGGAACUCAUCGUCCUCCUCCAGCUAGAAAGAAACACGUUCAUCGCUACCAUGAAUGGAUGAAAUCGCCGGAGCUGAGGGAGCAAACCGCAUCAGAGCCCCUGACACUGGCAGAAGAAUACGACAUGCAGGCAAAGUGGAGGCUGGAUGAAGACAAACUCACCUUUAUCAUCCUACCACGCCUCGAGAUUGGCGCAAAGGAGCCCUGCGAGACUUCUGUGGCCCAGAUUGAUGCACUUCCAAUGGUCGGAGAUGUGAACAUUUUCUUGAUUCGCAACGAGGACAUUGAAAACGGAGUGGAAAUAGAAGUCGAGGUGAUGAUUGCGGAAGCGGCCUAUCGGAAACGUGGGCUGGCAUAUGCUGCAGUCUCAACUCUUCUCCGCUACGCAUCAUCUUCCGAGAUUAUCCGCGACGACGACGGUUCAACCCGGCCAGCUACUUUGUCCAUGUUUGUUGUCCGGAUAGGCGCUUCAAAUCUGGCAUCUAUAGGGCUCUUUAACAAGCUAGGAUUUGUUGUCACUAAACCUGCAAACGUCUUUGGAGAGAUAGAGAUGCGCCUCGGCACGGAUGCUCCAAUACCUUGGCUGGACGCACCAAUCGAGUUCAUAGACUAUCCCCUUGAACUAGAAUAA